AUUGUGUUCGACAAGCGGAUUCCAAUAAUAUUGCAACCAAUAUUAGGUUCAUAGCUGAUUUUAAUCACCGCAGGGGAUUCGAUAAGUGUCCUGUUCGGGCGAUAUAUUGUUUCACUUAAAUCCAAAAACAAAAGCCCAGAGUUAUUUUAUGAAAUAAAUAGGAUAUUAUCACUUUGGACACGUGCUUUGAACGAGUCUCGGGAUUAACUUUUGGAAUAAAACAAAUAAUGAAGACGGCGAGAUCGGCGGAUGAGAAAAAAAUGGUGACAGUGACAAAUAAGGAAUGCGUUUAGUGUAGCUUUGGUCAUACCAUUCGGGGAAACCUCAACACAUUCCUCGGAAGUGGGUUGAAUUUCCGGAAUACGAUAGCAUUUGACUGAAGAAUAUCAACACUGCGUGAGAAAACGCCCGAACCAGGGACAAAAAGGUAUGAUCAUAAUACCUAUUAGUCUAUCAGAAACGUGAGAUUGCGUACAUUGCAGAAGAUACGUGUUUUUAGGAGAAACUGUGUUAAUCUGAUUGCUCUCAGCGGUGAAAAAGCCAUUCAUGCAAAUUUGAAGAACAGGAUUUAUAUCAUGGAACGAAUGUAACGCCAGGAAUCGCUGGCGCGAAACACGGAAUUAGUGGAUUUAUUAUGCACCGAGAAUAUUAUAAGGCAAUGGGUGAUCAUUAUUUCUAGGAGAACAACAAGUCAAAAUGCAGUGAGUGCGUGAAAUAUCAACUUCGUGCUAUAUUCUGUGAAGAUUGGUUUAACUUACUCAAAGGUGUGGAAUGGUUGAUUGAGAAGAGGAAUUAGCAGUGACCAUUCGUGGUACGGUGAUAUAGGAAUCGACACAGCGUUAAGUGAUAGGGUGUAUGAGCUAUUAAAGGAGUGCUUAUUUGAUAGCGCAACGACACGAAAUACGUGUAGAGCUACGGCGAACAAACAGCAAGGAUUACCAGAAGUGACCGUGAAAAAUCAACUUAAGAAUUCUGAUCAAGGAAUAUCUUUGUUAUCACCAUAUGUAAAGUGACUAAAAAGUAGAAGUUUUUGUUUUCCAGAACUUGAAAUAAGCAAUUGUAUCUUAAGUGAAUACAAUCCUGAAAUAUUUGUUCAAACCGACCCAGAAAUAAAUUACUCUACGGCGCUACUAAUCUCUCUCAGAAAAACGACAGCGGAACGGUUGUGCCAAUAGCUUGUAUUUGCUAUCGUGUUUGCCAUCUUGCGAUGGCUGGCUGUUUGAUUGGGUUGGAUUGCCGGGAGCUUUUGGAUCACGCGAGAUGGUAGACCGGAUAUGAAAGGAGUGUAGUCAAUGGAAGAUGUCGUAUAUUGUGUACAAACAUGCGGAGGGCCCCUGGUCAACCUCAAACCCGCGCAAUAUUGAAAUAGUCCUUCGGAAUAAUGCCACAGCGGCGGGGACGGCGUACAGCAACGAAUCUGACCAUGAGGGUCAUUGUCACGACAGCCUCAUAGGGGACCAACGUAUUCACUUCCUUCAUUCCAGUACAGAGUACAUGCAGUUGUAUUUACCCCCAAUUCUAGUGAUCCUGGGGGUACCGGGUAACAUCCUGAGCAUAUUGGUCAUGUCUCGUUACAGAGACAAAUCUAUAGGGUUCUUCAUGCUCGCAUUAGCCGCCUGUGAUACGCACCUCCUCUUAGUACCAACCAUUUGCAUGUUCGUGGUUCAGAAUUUCCCGACCUACAUCAACCAAAAUAUCCUUUGCAAGAUUUUCCUUUUCACUGCAUAUGCUGGCUUUGAGUGGUCCAACUGGACGUUAGUGCUAAUGACGGUAGACAGGAUGGUAGCAGUUUGUUUUGUAUUCAAAGCGCAAUCAAUCUGUACAGUUAGACGAGCUAAAAUACUUUUCUCUUCAGUCUUAAUAUUCUUCACCUUUACCAGUAUAUUCUGCUUGUGGACUGCGGUACCGAUUUUCGUUCCGGAAUGCAACACUUUGAUGUGCGUUUUAGACAUACCUUCCAACCUGAAUGACGUAUAUAACAUAUUUGACGUGGUUGUUUCGAUCUUCCUCCCGUUUUUUAUAGUUUUAAUCCUAAAUAUCCUCAUUAUUCGCGAAAUUGUGAAAAAUCGCGAAAUUCGUAAACAACUGUGCCAAAGUAACACAUCGGCAGGGACGCGCGAUCAACAUUUAACCAUCAUGCUUUUGGUGGUUUCCUGUCUGUUUCUGGUCUGCAGCUUACCAUAUGCUGUUGAUCGGAUUGUGGUCGCGUUUAAACCGUCGGAGGAUGACGAAUACUGGAGGAAAACCCGGGUUUUGAUAUUCAGUCUGUGUGAGAAGUCUCUCUACAUUAACCCAGCAAUUAACUUCUAUAUUUACUGUUUGUCAAGUCAAAAGUUCCGCCAGGACCUCCGUGACAAAAUCUGUGGUGCUAGUCCGAAGGGUACGCCCCAAAAAGAACUCACACUUCUCAGUACAAAGACUACGAUUACAAUGCAAGGUUCAAAUACAAAUUUGCUAGAAUUAGAAACUAGAUUCUCUAGAAGUAGCUCAUCACGUUCAAGAAACAAUUCAAUACCUGCACCCGUAUGAUGUGAAUAUUAUACUUCAUAAAUUGCAACUGGAAAGAUAGUGUUCCUUCGUUUUUAAAAAGAAAGAUUUAUCAAACUCGUGUGUUUGACAUUGUACAUGAACCCGAAAGAUCGAUUACUUUGGCCAUGAGAAAAUUGAAUCCUCCUUUAAAUUUCACAAGUGGUGUAUUUCCGGAUGGAGGGGGGGGGCAACGUCUCUCUUCCCUGCCAUGCAUGUUUACAUUGAUCAAGGACUACUUUCUUUCUUAAUUGGCGAACAAAGAUACACUCUCCUUAAUGUGGUCACUGAACUUUCCCGUAAAGCAUUGCUGAGAUUUCACACCAAGAACUUUGUCAUUCAGGUAACAACAUACCUACGGUCGAACUGGCUAAUGAGUGAUGAGGGAGCGAUGAAGCCUAACGCCACCCCUGGGACCAAGCCGCCAGUCUUGGUGAAAUGUUUGGCCUAAUUGCCAUAUCAAAGACGUGAGGUGUUUUAACCAUACUCGGGUCUGGAUUCAAAUGUUUCUGGGAUUGUCGAAAGGAUUCAGACAGAUUUUUGUAUUCAGAUUUCCUAACUGUUAGUGCGUUCAAUGCCAGUCCGAUAUACUUUAAAUGUCAGAUCCCUUUAUCUCUCCUUCUAGUCCGAGAUAACAAGGAUAUGUUUAUGUUAAAAAUGAAUUUGGUCAAUGGUAAAAUUUAAGCGAGUUCAUGGGAUAUCUUUGGGCGAAAGAUAGUUCGAUAUUUUCUGACAGGCACGAUAACCAUUUGAAGUUGGAUGUAUCAUGGAUUUCAUUUUUUGAUACCAAUCGAAUUUGCUGAAAUGGGAUGAGGAAUAACGGGCUCGGUAUUAAACGUGACGCUAACAUGUAGCCUUUCUAAUUUCUUAAUUAAGGUGCUGAUUUUCAGGGAGCCGCUGUAAAUUGACAAAGAAAACAUUCAUUUCAUUCUGUGUAUAACCAUGUUGUGUAAGAAAAAGUACCUGUGUAUUCUAUAUGUACAUACAGUGUUACCAUUCGUUUCAUUUUUUCAUUUCAUUUUGAUUACGGACUAACUUAAAACAUCUCAUAUCUUCGGGUAACCUAUAUGUACUUGAAAAUUUGAUGUCUUAAACCAUCAUCUUGCAGUUAAGUCAGUAAUAAGAAAGUACAUCGAAUCACUAUGUACGGUUCCUGCUUAAUAUUUCUGAAGUUCUGUCAUGAAUUUAACUGUAUGGCCUUUGGCGUUAUGGAUACUUAUUGGUGAAAUAAAAAUGUAUCUAUUGUUUACAUGUUUAAAGGAUGUUUUCAUCAAAAGCCAUUCACCUCCAUUAGGAUUCAAGCCUACUUGUGCCAACAUUAUCUUCAUCCCACGUCCAUUCAUCGAAAUCACCAAAUAUCCUGGAUCAUUUCAUUCAUCAUUAUCUUUCAUAAUCAUCGUCAUGAUCAUUUAUUUCUGAGAAACAGGAACCGCUAACGUUCCCUUUUUAAACGAUGUCCGAGUCUUGUGGAUUAAGAUAUUAUCAUUAUAUCAUAUACCAUGCAGGAAAGGGCUUUUGUCAUAAUAAUGGAUCCUGCCCCGUCGUGUGUUCGAUUCUACAUUCUUCCAUAUGAUACGCCUUAUUCGUUUCACUUCACUUCUCAUUUCAUAGUCAUUCAUUUUCCUCCUCUGCAUUGCACUGCAUCAGCAUCUCGAAUACAGCACCAGCGCAAUUAAGGAUUAGUUCCACUUGUCGAGAGUGGUACCCCACUUCGGUCACCGCCACAGCAAAACUAUCCUUGGCCCCUGAGGGGUAUUUGGUAUUCUCACCCACUUUUGUGCAGUUCGUGGGAGAGGAAGUGUGGUUGAUUUAUCCCUGCUGAAGCGAAGUACAGUUUUGCCACGGCGGUGACAAAAGCGGAAAACGCUCUUGUCGAAUAAGCUGGUCAUAUACCUAUCAAAGUAAUGCAUGUUCUUCAUCAUUAUUCUUCUCACCUAUCGCCACAUUGGAUCAAAGGGACCACAUCUACUUCAUUUCAUUCACCUCCGUCACCAAUACUCGCCAUCCAUGAUGUUAUCACUCAUGUUGCAUAUUCCAUCCUUUGUUCAUACCGAUAGCUACUGUUCUCAAUCAGCUCAUUAGUUUUACUCGUACAUUCACCAGAUUAUGGGAUGCAUGCUCAUGCGGAGCGUUUCUAUAAGUAACAUUUGGUGAAAUUUCCGUCCUCAUAUAGCCAGGGGUUUUCAAUAUACACCGCCUAUCGAUAAACGACGUACGAGUUACAAAAAAACUGAAACCCGAGAUGUGAAAUUUCCGGUACAAACAGAAGUUUGAGAUUAUGCAUCGUCGAUGCAGUCGUAGGAAUGCAUAAAGGUUUUUGAUACUCGAACCUCGUAUACAAUUUUUUUUUGAAAUAUCGAGAGGCAGAGUAUAUUGAACACAAAUGGUGCCAGGAUGUAGGAUGAGCGAAUCACAACGUAUGUUUUAUUAAGUUUCCCGGUGCGUGUUGCCUAAACUUCAUAUAUACAUAAUCAACUGUUCUAAAAGGCCUUGGUCAGCGAAUAUCUGAAUUUGGCGGCACCGGUGUGCAAGGGAUAGUAGUCCUAGGGCUGAUAGUCCGUGUAACAAUAGCCCGCAUUGCUAAAUGUUUUGGUUAGGGUUAGCGGUACAAUAGAUCAUGCUGCUUAAUUGGUCAAAUACAAUGCUACCGGACUAUGACUCCAGGGGGACUAUAUCCGCUGUCACACCGGUCCUUGGUAUCACAACGCAAGACCGCCUGCGUUGGUAUAAAAUCCUGAAUCAGCAGACGAAUUUCCUCUGUCGAAUCAACAUUUUUGAACGUCAGAUUUCCCCUAAAAACCCAUAUCAAGUACGAGAUUAUUUGUAUUCUUCCGCAAUAUUGAUUUCGGUUUAGUUUUACCAAGAAUAAAUAAUGACUAUGGAUUCUUGGUUUUACACUUUCAUCGUUUGGGCUAUUCCAGUGCUUUCAUUCACAUAAACAAAUUGCCACUUCAGCUUCAUAGCAACGUUCCUUUCAUUGCAACCAUUCAGAUUUCGAUCCUUAUCAUGAUAUCCAUCUCCAUCUUACAUCACCAUCAUAUCUGUUUCUGACAGUUUAAUUUCAGUUUAAAAUUUUAUAUCCGCAUCUUAUUAAAUGGCACCAAAAGCAAUUACUGCCGCCAUUAUAACGAUUAGGUUUUAAACAUAAUGUAUGACUAAGAUUACCACGAUUACGCCGGCCAUUACAGAGAAAGUACGUUGUUUCUCUUAGCGUAAUUACGAUUAUGAAUAAUGAAUUGGUAAACACAGAUUUUAAGUAAAAACAUCUACAAAUAUCUCAUGCCAAAUAUAUUUAUUAUGCAUAUUCAUUCAUCCAUCCCAAUCUACCGAUAACCUGUCAAGUUUACCUCGUGGCCAUUGUACGAGUUAUACGUGCCGCAGUAAGAUAUCAUUUCACAAUGGCUUUUAUCCACGGUUCAUUGUUUCAUUUUCACGGUAACAUUUUAUCAUUUUCACGUUAGUUUACAAACUGUGUCAUCGUCACAAUGUCAUGAGCAUCAUCAUGUUUCUAAAUUCACUGCCCAACCAUUUUCAGUUCUCAUGAUUCUGGGGUCUUCUCAUGCCGUCACUAUCUGGUUAUCCAAGCGAAAGACGUAGUGCAUCAUCCUCAUCAUCAUCGUCG